CAGAAUGAAGAACCUAGGAUGUGGGAUAUUUAUCAUACGUUAUAUUGCCAAGACUGGAACUGGCUACUGCAGCACCAGGAAUAUUCUGCAUUGCGGGUUCUAUGAAAGCAGGAGCCUGAGUUCUAAUAUUUGUCAAAAACUAUGUCUGCGAUGAGAAUGAAGGCGAUAAAGUGCCCUACAGAUGAGCUCAGCCUCUCUAACUGUGCUGUUAUCAGCCGUGAUGAUUUUCCAGAUGAUAUUAAGCAUAUUGAGGUAACUACUGGACCAAAUCAACACUUUGUUUUCACUGUGAAAACCCAUCAUGACAUACCACGUGGAACAGUUGGCUUUAGCUUGCCACAGCGUAAAUGGGCAACUCUUUCCCUCAAUCAAGAUAUCGAAGUACGUCCUUAUCAUUUCGACCCUACAUCUUGUUCAGAAUUUCUCUGCACUAUCACUGUUGAAGCUGACUUUCUGCAGAAAAAAACAACCACCUUGGAACCAUAUGAUACGGAAUUAAUGGCCAAGGAAUUUUUGCUGCAAUUUUCUGGCCAAGCAUUUACUGUGGGGCAGCAGCUUGCAUUUCAAUUUCAAGAUAAAAAGAUGCUUGGACUUCUUGUUAAGAGUUUAGAGGCAGCUGAUAUUGCAGCUAUAAAAUCUGGACAAGAUGCAAAGCCAAGGAAGACCCGAAUGGGACGAUGUCUGGGUGACACAAUGAUUCAGUUUGAGAAAGCAGAAAACUCAAGUCUUAAUUUAACUGGAAAAGCAAAGGGAAAAGUCGUACGUCAAUCAAUUAUCAACCCUGACUGGGACUUCCAGAAAAUGGGAAUUGGUGGCUUGGAUAAAGAAUUCAAUGCUAUAUUUCGUCGAGCUUUUGCAUCGCGUGUAUUUCCCCCAGAAGUUGUUGAGCAACUAGGGUGCAAGCAUGUUAAAGGUAUUUUGUUAUAUGGCCCACCAGGUACUGGUAAAACUUUGAUGGCCCGACAAAUAGGCACCAUGCUGAAUGCAAGAGAGCCUAAAAUCGUGAAUGGACCACAAAUCCUGGACAAAUAUGUGGGUGAGAGUGAAGCUAAUAUUAGGAGACUGUUCGCGGAUGCUGAAGAAGAAGAAAAAAGGUUGGGCCCGAACAGUGGACUCCAUAUCAUAAUCUUUGAUGAAAUUGAUGCCAUUUGUAAAUCUCGAGGAAGUGUUGCUGGCAAUACUGGCGUUCAUGAUACUGUAGUUAAUCAGUUACUUGCCAAGAUUGAUGGUGUUGAGCAACUGAACAACAUUCUAGUUAUUGGUAUGACUAACAGGAGAGACAUGAUUGACGAAGCCUUGCUACGACCUGGCAGAUUAGAGGUUCAAAUGGAAAUUGGUUUACCAAAUGAACACGGUAGAUUCCAAAUCAUGAAUAUUCACACAUCCAGGAUGCGAGAUUACAAGAAGAUCGCACCUGAUGUUGACAUCAAAGAGCUUGCAGUGAAGACAAAGAAUUUCAGUGGUGCUGAACUGGAAGGUUUAGUAAGAGCUGCGCAGAGCACAGCUAUGAAUAGGUUGAUUAAAGCUUCCAGCAAAGUGGAAGUUGACCCUGCAGCAAUGGAAAAGCUGAUGGUGGGCAGAAGUGACUUCCUGCAUGCGUUGGAGAAUGAUAUAAAGCCCGCGUUUGGUACCAGCGCAGAUGCCUUGGACCAUCUGUUGACACGUGGAAUCAUCAAUUGGGGAAAACCAGUGGCAGAUAUUUUGGCCGAUGGAUCACUAUAUAUCCAGCAAGCUCGUGGCUCAGAAGGAUCAGGUCUUGUGUCUGUACUUUUGGAGGGACCACCAAACAGCGGUAAAACGGCUCUGGCAGCUCGUAUUGCUAAAAACUCGGACUUUCCAUUUGUCAAAGUUUGUACUCCUGAAGAUAUGGUCGGCUAUACGGAAUCUGCCAAAUGUUUAUCAAUUCGCAAGAUUUUCGACGAUGCAUACCGUUCGCAACUCAGUUGUAUUCUGGUCGACAACAUAGAACGCCUUUUGGAUUACGGUCCAAUUGGUCCACGUUACUCAAACUUGACUCUGCAGGCGUUAUUGGUUCUAUUAAAAAAGGAGCCUCCACGUGGCCGAAAAUUACUCAUUUUAUGUACAACAAGUCGCAGAGGUGUGCUGGAGGAUAUGGAGAUGCUAUCAGCCUUUAGCACGGUACUUCAUGUGCCAAACCUCUCUACAUCCGACCACCUUCUUGCGGUUUUGGAAGAAGCAGAUCUUUUCUCAAAAGAGGAACUCGCAUCUCUGCAUGCUAAACUGCAGGGACACCGCAUAUUCAUUGGCAUCAAGAAACUGUUGGGCUUAAUUGAUAUGGCGAGACAAACUGAAGCGAACUACAGGGUACCAAAGUUCUUGUCAAAGCUGGAAGAAGAGGGUGGUUUAGAGUGAACGAUAAUUUAGUCGAGAUUUAAUUUAUUAAUAGGCUAAAUAACAGUCAUUAUUAUAAUCAACGAGUUGAGAUAAUAUUAUACCGCCUUUGUAGAUCAGUAUCUGGCACCAAGCUAUCACACAAUAAAUUUCGAACCUCGGAGAUGGGCAGUAUUCAAGAAAUAAGUAUGUCGUUAUCAAAAACUUUUUUAAAUUGUAAUGUAGCAUUUUCUGGUAUCUCUUAAUACAAGAUAGACAUGUUUUUAUUCAUUCUAACUUACUGAUACGCCACUGUUCGUUUGAUACAUUGUUUGCCAAAUUAUCGAUUAAUUGCACACGUGAUAAUUUUGCCCCUGUUUCUACCAAACUUAAACUGAAAAGUAUACAUCGACACUGAAAUACAGCGACUGCAAUAAAUUCUAUUGGUUUGCUAUGCCAGCUGCUGCUAUAUGUAUACAUCCACUGAUAAGAAAUGUAGUUCAGGACUUAACAUUUACGCCAUAAUGAGAUGGUUACACAGUUGUCAAACACCGACAGGUAAUUUGUUCCUGUUGAGCUUGCGGUUGCUUAGAGGUGUACACCAUGUACUUAUAAUCAGUUGACCGAUCAUUGUUGAAUCAUUAAUAAAUACACGUUGAAGAAUCCAAAUAAAGUUAGUUAAGCUAGUACUUAUGAGAUUCGUUGAAAUUCUUCCAUUUUCGGAUCGCCGUUAUGUUGAAUGGUGAUGGAAGCCUAGUAUACAAUCCUCUGUGUACAAUAGAUAUAAUACGCUAGAGAGAUUAUGAUACGAUUGAUUCGAAUAUUUAUGAACUAGGUAUUUAUGAUAAAAGAGACAUAAUAUAUUGUGUGAGUUCUAUCAUUCCACAUCAUUUAUUAUUACUUACUCUACAGUUCUCCUGUUUAUGGUGAUCUAUUUCUAGUGAUAAGUUGUUCACAUACUGUAUAUGCCUUGAGUACACUUCAGAAACUCAAUAAUUUAUUACAUGUAUUUAUGACUGUCCAAAAUCAUGGACAGUCAGUGGACUUUCUAUUGAGAUAAUCUGAAGUUACCAUCAUUUCAGUUGGUGUAGUUCCCAGCAAUAAACAGUGUAAGAUUUUAACAUAAAAACUUGUAUUUGGAUGUCUGUAUCUACUUACCUUCAAUUAGCUGUUUAGAGUAACAAGCUCAACUUAUGUACUUCAACUUCGUUCCAAAAUUACCAAGCUUAUGAUUUUUUUUUAUAGUAAAUGUUAUUAUCAUAGACGAUACGUAUGCUUAAAAUGUGUACUCGACGAGGUGGACAAGUAAAACGCUUUUGUCAAUUAAAAUCCUGUGAGCAAUAAGUAAUAUUGUCAAUUGGUACCGUAUCAGCAGAUCGAAUUCACUUUCGAUUACUGAAGAUAAAUGAAAUUCUUGAACGAAACAACCAAGUCGAAUUUAUGAAGACCUCAUAUUUUCUAUCGUUGUCUCACAUGUCCAGUGUAUUGUCACCAGUCCCACGGAAUAUUCUUGAGCAUUACGGUUUAUCAAAACUAAUUAAUAGCAUAAACGCCUACGAUUGUGCGCCAAUAUUCCAUGACUUCCUAUUUUCUGUGUGGUGAUAAUAUUUUUUGAAUAGAUUAUUGUACUGCACAGUGAUUCCAGUCUUUUAAUCUUGAAUAUUUCUUUAUAAUUUAGAUAUGUUAUAUUUAAAUGUAAUUUUUAUAAAUUUAAUUUUUCGUUUGAGCUUAGAAAUAAUAGAUAUUAAUAUAUUUAAAAAUGUAUCCAUGCGUCCUCAUGCACAUUGUUUCGAAUUCCGAGUGCAAACCUAUUCCAAUUUCCUAUAUUGUCAUGUAAAAUGUACAGGCAGUAGAAAUGAGGUUUGAAUAUCUAAAAAUUUGUGAAUUAUCGAAUCAACUUUUUGCGAAAUCUUUGUGCAUGGCAUAUUGUUAAUAAAUUAUUAUCAAUGUUACUAUCCCAGCGUUGAUAUUUCUCAGUGUAUUGAACGUUGCUAUGUCUGUGUAUAGAAAAAUAAACUCAUAUCAUACAAACAA